UCGCAGGCCACAGUUGUUUAAGCCACUCACUCUAGCUUGCAUAUCAUAAGCUUAAACUAGCCGGUUCAACUCAACUGCAUAAUCUGCACAGACAGGAAGCAGCAGGCUGCGAGAGUUGAAACGAUCUUCUGUCUGUUGCCAUGGCCUCCUUCAAGCUGACGAACCUGUGCUUCAUAGUUGUCAUGUUCUCUGCUGUCUUCUCCUGUUGCAGAGGGCAGGGAGGUGGUGGUGGUGCCGGAGCAGGAGCAGGAGGCGGAGCCGGAGGGGGGUCGGGCAUCGGUGCAGUAGUACCAGGAACGCAGGACUCGGUUCAGAUCGUGGCGCAAGCUGCUCUCUGCUUUGACAACAGACCAGUGCUCACCGGGUGUCUGCAGGCGAUGGGCAUCAACGCCAGCGGCACCGGCGCGAGCAUGCCGCCGCCUGCUCCGGGCGGCGCGGCGACGGCGAUCAUGUGCAGCCCGCCGUGCUUCGGACACGUGACCAUGAUGAUGAGCUGCGUCAACGCCAUCUUCGGCAACUUCGUGACCUACAACCCCGGCCUCAUGCAGGGCGUCCAGGCCGUCUUCCAGAUGUCCUGCGGCAACGUCAACGGCCCAGGAGGAGCCGGAGGUGCUGCUGGUGGAAUGGGAGGCAGGCCGGCUGGUAACGCUGGCGGUGGUGCCGGUGCCGGCGGAAUGGGAGGCGGGCCGGCUGGUAACGCUGGCGGCGGUGCCGGUGCCGGCAGUGCCAGUGGUGGAGUUGGAGGCGGGGCUGCCGGUGGCAUUCCUAACGGCAUCGGCGGGCCCGGUGGCAUUCCUAACAGUAUCGGCGGUGCCGCUGGCGCGGCCGGUGCCAGCGGGGGAGGUGCCGGUGGUACUACUAACAUCAUCGGCGGGGCCGCGGGCGGAGGCGCCGGUGCCGGCGGAGCUAGCGGCGGGGCUGGAGGCGGCAACGGCACUACCAACGGCGGCGCUGCCACCGGUGCCAUUGGCAGCGGCAACAUCACAAGCGUCUCACCCAAUGCAGGCUCGCACGUGGCGGUGAGCAACCAAAGUCAGCCGACCAGCAGCGCGGGCGGGCCCGCUCUCGGCCUCAAGGGCGCCUGCUCCUCCUCCGUGCUGGUGAUCUGGGCCGGCGCAUGGCUGGUGCUGUUCUAGGUUUGACAGAAACGGCGACGGACACGUUUCUUCUCCAGAUGACAUACUUAAAGUGUUGAUUUUAUCACCGUCAGUGAGCGAGGCUGGAUGAUCUUAUAUGUAACCGCAACGCGUGAUUCCCUCGUCUUGAUGAAUGAUGUGUUUCCACGCGUUGUUUUUAAGCCUCCUAAUGUUGAUGGCCUUCUGUUCAAAAAAGAAAAAAUGUUGAUGGCCUGGUUGUGCUUGAUCA